AUGCUUCUGGAGCUCCUUUUCCGAACUCCACUCUCAGGGUACGAAAGGACCCGUCUUGCUCUGGGAAUGAAGAACAUAUUUUCAGCAUUUCAAAUUCCAGAAGAAAAAUGUCUAUCCCCAUCUUUCAAAUCACAAGGAAGCUCAUCGGCCCCCAUAAAGGAUAAUGAUGCCUCGACUGGACAUUCUGCUACCAUUAAUAUGGACCACGAAGUCAACCUGUCUGCCACAAAUGAGGCUGCAGAGGAUAUCUUUUCUUCUCAAGUUUUAGAGGCACUUGUCAAAGUUGAAGAUGCUAAGGCACACCCGAGACUCAAAGCCAUGCCUGUUCCGGCUGGAAAAGCAAAUCGGGUGCUUAACUAUGCAUCUCUUGCAAUUGGAAUGGCCGCUGGUGCUCUUUCCGAAACAGCAAAGCGUGCCAUAAGAAAGCCUGAUCCAGCUAAUGUCUCUAAUGUUUGGCUCUCGGAGGAGAAUGCCAACAGGCUUGUAACCCGGCUUUCGAAAAUGCGAGGGGCUGCUCUCAAAUUAGGGCAGCUAUUUAGCAUGCAGGGCGCAGAUGUUCUUCCCCCAGAACUGGCCCACAUAUUUGAGCGAGUGCGUAACAUGGCCUAUGCAAUGCCGUGGCCUCAAGCUGAGGUCGCUAUUUUUCUUAAUGUUUUAGGUGGAGCCAGCUGGCGAGACCUUUUUUCUUCUUUUGACCACGAAGCUCCCAUAGCAGCUGCAUAUAUUGGCCAGGUCCAUCAGGCCCUAAUUAAAGAUCAGAAGGUUGCUGUGAAAAUUCAAUAUCCCGGUGUUCGGAAGAGUCUCUCCUCUGACAUUUCCUCUUUGAAAACGCUCCUUUUAUUGGGAAAUCUUCUUCCAAAAGGUCUCUUUUUGGAAAAGACUCUGCAUGUCUUGGAGAAAGAAUUAAUCUGGGAAACGAAUUAUCUGCGCGAAGCCUUGUGGAUGGACUGGUUCAGACGGACCAUUUCGCCGCUUUCGGCAAUUGUUCCCGAGGUGUUUUCUUUGAAAAUCCCGGUUUUUUUCCCACUACACUCUGGGGAGUCUGUACUGACUACCGAAUGGGUCGAUGGCCUGCCCUUAGACCGUCUUUUAGCACUUCCUCAAGCGGUUCGUAAUAAGAUUGGAGCCACCAUUCUGGCUCUCUGUUUUUGGGAAAUAUUUACCUUGAGGGCAAUGCAAACAGAUCCGAACUGGGCAAACUUUCUCUUUGAUGGUGAACGUAUUGUUUUACUAGACUUUGGCGCGGCGCGGAGAUUUGACUCCAAAUUUGUAGAGGGAUACCGUCGUUUGGUGCUAGCAGCCGCAAAAGAGGAUUGGGAACAGGGAUACCAGGCCUCGCUUGAUCUGAAGUAUUUGACGGGCCUCGAGUCCAAGGCCAUGAUAAAUGCUCAUUUGAACUCCUUGAUAGUGAUUGGUCUUCCAUUCAGGGCUUCUUCUGAUAACAAAUUUGACUUUUCCACAUAUUCCAACAUCGUCCAGAGCAUCAAGUCUUCUAUACCUGUAAUGCUGGAGGAGCGGCUUACACCGCCACCCGAGGAUACCUAUGCUUUGCAUCGGAAGUUAUCCGGUGUGUUUCUACUGUGUGCAAAGCUUGGUGCUGUGGUCGAUUGUAAUUAUCUGUUGAGAAGAUUGGUUGAGGAUGUAAACCCUGUCGGUGUAUUAGAAAAUUUUGACUUGCCACCCUAUCCUGAAAUAAAUUAA